AUGUCGGUCAAGAAGGAUGAGCCACCUAAGGUCGAAGUGAACAUCAUCAACCACGAGGAGGCUGCAAAUUUCUAUCCUAUAGGCCCAAAGCUCAUCCUCAUCACCAUCAGUCUAAUGCUUGCUGUCUUUUGUGUCGCACUUGACAACACGAUCAUAGCCGUCGCCAUUCCUCGAAUCUCAGAUGACUUCCACGCGCUCAACGAUGUUGGCUGGUAUGCGUCGUCAUACCUGUUGACAACCUGCUCAUUUCAACUAUUAUAUGGAAAGUUCUAUACGCUGUUUCAGGUCAAAUGGGUUUACUUAAUGGCAUUAUUCAUUUUCGAGCUCGGUUCCCUCAUUUGCGGUGUUGCACCAAACUCCACAACAUUGAUCAUUGGACGGGCUAUCGCUGGUCUAGGAAGCGCCGGCAUGUGGACCGGGGCCUUGGUCACCUUAGCACAUACAGUCGAGCUGGAGAAAAGACCAGUAUUCUUCAGUACGCUUGGAGGCAUGUACGGCCUUGCCUCGGUCGCUGGACCAUUGCUUGGUGGCGCAUUUACCGAUCAUGCUUCUUGGAGAUGGUGCUUCUACAUCAAUCUUCCUCUAGGAGGUAUUACAGCUUUUGGCCUUCUCACUUUACUGAAGCUGCCCCCUAAGGAGAAGACUCAGAAGACACCCAUGGAUAUAUUCUUGGAGUUGGAUCCCAUCGGAACUGUCAUUUUCGUCCCAGCUAUUGUUUGUUUACUUCUCGCACUUCAAUGGGGUGGGGUGACGUACGACUGGGCGAGUGGCCGUAUCAUCGCCUUGUUCCUGGUUUUCGGCGUCGCUAUUGUUGUUUUUGUCGCGCUCCAGGUUAUACUUAAAGAUAGAGCGACGGUACCGACCGAUAUUGCUCGUCAGCAGACGAUUGCAUUUGCCUCCUUCUUUGGUAUUUGUAUGGGUGGGUCGUUCUUCAUAAUGAUCUAUUACAUUCCUAUCUGGUUUCAGGCCAUUCAUGGAGCAAGUGCCGUACAAUCCGGCAUUGACUCCCUCCCGAUGAUGCUGUCUAGUGUUUUCGGGAUUAUAGUAGCGGGUGGGAUGACGACUCAUUUCGGGUACAACGCGCCCUUUUUCAUCGCCAGCAGCAUUAUCAUGUCUAUUGGGGCGGGUCUUACCACCACAUUUACAAUAGGUACAUCACAAGCAAAAUGGGUUGGUUUCCUCUUUAUUUAUGGCCUAGGAGGAGGCUUGGGGUUUCAGCAGGGUGGUGUUGCUGCUCAGGCUGUGCUACCUUUGUCUAAGGUAUCCAUCGGAACCGCCAUUGUCUUGUUCCUUCAGCUCCUUGGUGGAUCCUUGUUUGUCGCGGCCGCGCAGAAUAUAUUUGCCAAAGAGCUCAUCAAGAACCUCGAGGCCCUCAAUAUAUCCGGGUUUUCCCCAUUUGAUGUGAUAAAUGGGGGAGCAACAAGUAUUCGGGCCAUUGUCAGCGAGUCCAAUUUGUCCAAUGUUCUUCUAGCAUAUAACAACGCGCUAGUCGAGGUCUUUCAGCUUGCUCUGAUCCUCAGUUGCUUGAGCAUUAUUGGGGCCCUGGGCAUUGAAUGGAAGAGCUUGAAACCUAAGAAGGCGAAUGAAAGGGCAGUCUGA